AGCCCUGGAGGAGAAAAGGUCUUAAAUGAAUAUGCCCGCACCAAAGGUCUAUCAGAUGCCCGAAGACGUGACAUGGUGAAAAUCUUAGUAGCAUAUCUGACAAAUGAACAUGGAAGAUGGAAGUGGAUAUUUGGCAUGGAGGAUUAAAACCCUGCAAAAAGAAGCAUCAGAAGGACGGAUGAAGCGUGCCCGGGAACCACAAACAGGUGGGCCAACUGCUGACAGACAUCCCUACAAAGAAGACUCCUUUCUGACUGAACACCAACAGUGUCAGGAAGCAAUAGCCCUAAUGAAGCAUACUGCUGAUGAGUCAGUGGUAAAGGAAAAGAUGAAGUUAACACUGCGCUAUCGCCAGAAACUACUGCACGACCCUAAAGAGUCAACUAAUAUUCUAUCAUUUUUUCCACGAUUCCUGGAUAUACCAGGCUUGAUUGAUCAAGAUUUUGGACUUCUUUUUGGUGAUGCGACCUCUACAAAGUUGUUGGAGAAGUGGUCUACCAACCUAAAACCAAAAGUUAUUGCACAGAGCCGUGGCCUCACACAGACUUGCGAGCUCCAAGAACUCAUCCAAAAUGCUGAAGCCACUGAAGUUGAAGAAGGUUGGGAUAGCAACAUGUCUUCCAUUCUGAUCCUGGUUCACCUUUUGCCACCCUCAAGUCAAGGCCGCAAGAGACCGGGAAAGAUCUCAGCUAGACAUGCAUACUGGUACCAGUAUCCAAGGGCACUUGGAUAG